AUGAAAUCACUUUACAAUUUAAUCGAAGGAUCAGCUAAACGUCAUAAAGAUUUUGAAGAUAUUCAAAAAGAAGUUUGUUUGGUACCGAUACCAUUAAAGAAAUUAGGCAACACACGUUGGACAUGUCGUUUUGAAUCUUUAAAAGUUAUUUUAAAACAAUAUUCUGAAAUAAUAGCUGAUUUACAAGAAAUGGAGGUUGCUGAUGCAUUUAUUAUGUUGAAAGUUGUACAAACAUUUUAUUUUAUUUUUCAUAUUCAUUUAAUGAGCGAAAGUUUUCUUAUUACAAACAUAUUAUCAAAAGUUUUACAAAAAUCUGAUUUGCCUCUGACACAAGCUUCGGUUCAAGUAAAAAUUACCAUUGAUUCACUUGAGUCGUUAAGAAAUGAAAAUGAAUUUAACAGAAUUUGGAAUGAAACUUUGAAUAUUUGUGUAAUAAAUGAUAGUGAUGAACCUAGUGAACGUCGAAGAAGAAAAAUACCUGAACGUUUAGGUGGUGGUGAUGUUGUAGCGACCACAUUAUGUGUUAAAGAUAGUUAUCUUGUUAAUUCAUUUUAUGCUGUAUUAGAUGCAAUUAUAUUAUCAAUUAAAGAAAGAUUUAAUGAAAAUAGUAUAAAUGUAAUCGUUUUAUGUGAAAAAUUAUUUUUAACAAAAUUUUUUUUUAAUGAUUAUCAAUUAAAACAAAUUUUUUAUUUUUACAAUAUGAAUUAUGAUGAUUUACGGACUGAACAACGUAUGUAUCAAGUAGCACUAGGUGAAAAAAAUCAAUUAACAUUAACAUUGGCAACACAAUUUUUUCUGGAAAAUAAUUUUCAUUUAUCACUAACUACGAUGAAUGAUAUACUGAAAAUAUUGUGGACUAUUCUAGUGAAUGUUUGCGAAUGCGAAAGCAGCUUUUCAUCCUUAAGCAGACUUGAAACAUACAUUCGUAAUACAACAGGACAAGAAAGACUAUCCAGUUUAUCUUUAAUAAAUAUUGAACGUAGUUUUGACAUUGAUUUAGAUACUAUUGCAAACGAAUUUGUAUCGAAAAACAAAGAAAGAAAAAAGUAUUUUGAACAUAAAUACAUUGAUUAUAUGUGA